CGCAAGGGGACGAAGAUGGGUGAGAAGAAAUGGCGCCUGCCCGUGCUCAAGAUGGCGCCGCUGCGGCCGCCCUUCCUGGACGGCGAUUGGAGAGGGGGGAGGAGAAGGAGGCGGGGCGUGCGCUGUGAUUGGACGGGAGAGAAGGCACCCGGAAGUCUGCUUCUGAGCGCGGAAUCCACGUGGGUGGGAGGCUUUUGGGGUGAAUUUGGGGGAAACAGAGCAGCCAUGGAGAAGGAGAAAGAGAAGCAGAAGAAGAAGAAGCCCCUCCGGAGAUAUUGGGAGGCCGGAGCGGAAGCGGUCAGCGACCCAAAGGCCGUUGAGCCCCAGCUGGACGAUGGGAGGCCGACGAAGAAGAGGGCGGCGAGGGAUGGAGGCCGGGCCCAGACGGGGGGCAUCUCUGGGAAAGUGGACCCUUUUCCUGGCCCGGCGGUCGUCCCUCUGGAGCGGAUGGAAAAGUUCAAGCGAGGGACCAAGCAGGGUCCGGUCCAAGACCGGCGGCUGAAGCGCAGGCUGACCGCUCAGGAGGAGAAGGCCCAGUUGGCCGCCAAGCAAGCCGCUCGGAUGGAGCUGCUCCUCCUGGAGGAACCCGGUUUCCUGGAGGGUGACGAGGGGGAGGAUACUUGCACCGUCUCCCAGGCGGACAUCGCGGAGGCCGUGGACCUGGCCGCUGGAGCCAAGCACUUUGAGCUGAGGCUGGAGCAGUUCGGGCCUUACCGGCUGAGCUACACACGCAACGGCAGGCAGCUCCUCCUGGGGGGCCGCAGGGGCCACGUGGCCGCCCUCGACUGGCACACCAAGGCCCUGAUGGGCGAGAUCAACGUCAUGGAGUCCCUCACCGACGUCACGUGGCUGCACUCGGAGUCCCUCUUCGCGGCCUCCCAGGGGCGCUGGCUCUACAUCUACGACGGCCAGGGUGUGGAGCUGCACUGCCUCAAGCGCUUCCAUCGCGUCCAGCGCAUGGAGUUCCUGCCCUUCCACUUCCUCUUGGCCACCGCCAGCGACUCGGGGUUCCUGCAGUACCUGGACGUGUCCGUGGGGCAGGAGGUGGCCUCCAUCUGCACCAAGGGGGGCCGGCUGGGGGUCAUGGCCCAGAACCCCUCCAACGCCAUCGUCCACCUCGGGCACAGCAACGGGACGGUGACCCUCUGGAGCCCCAACGUGAAGGAGCCCUUGGCCCGCAUGCUGUGCCACCGCUCGGCCGUCCGUGCCCUGGCUGUUGACCCCUCUGGGACGUACAUGGCGACGUCCGGCGUGGACCGGAAGCUGCACCUCUAUGACCUGCGCUCCUUCCGGCGCCUCCACUCCCUGCUGCUCCCUUCUGCGGCCGCCGGACACCUGGACUUCAGCCAGAGGGGCCUCCUGGGGGCCGCCUGCCAGGAGGUGGUCCAGGUGUACAAGGACGUCCUGCUGGCCCCGCCCUCCAAGCCUUACCUGUGCCACGCCUUGCCCCGCCCGGCCCACGGCCUCCGCUUCUGCCCCUUCGAGGACGUCCUCGGGGUCGGGCACCAGGACGGGUUCGUCAGCCUCUUGGUGCCAGGAGCCGGGGAGCCCAACUUUGAUGCCUUGGAGAGCAACCCCUUCCGGAGCAAGAAGCAGCGGCAGGAAUGGGAGGUCAAGGCCCUCCUGGAGAAGAUCCCCUUUGAGCUCAUCUCUAUGGACUCCGGUCAGCUCGGGACGGUGGACGCCAUCUCCAUGGAGCAGCGGAAGAAGGAGCGCAUCGAGAGGCUGGGCUUUGACCCCGGGGCCAAGGAGGGCUUCUCCCCGCGCAGGAGGACCAAAGGGCGAGACUCGGCCGCCCACCGCCUCCGGAGGAAGAAGAAGGUGGCCGCCGAGGAGCAACGGGCGGCGAUCCGGAAAAGUGUGGCCGAGAAGGAAGCGGCGGGAGUCGAGGCCCAUCCGCAGCGGACGGAGAAGGGAAGGAGGGGGGGCCAAGGGGGGGCCGCCCCCCAGAAAGGCCUGCGCUCAGCGCUGGACCGGUUCCAGAAGUAGCCCCCUCCCCGGUUUUUGGGGAUAUUCAAAAUAAGGAAGGCCAACGUUGCCCCCCGUGGGGGUGGAAGGGGGACCCCGUGCCCCCAAAAGGACAUCUUGACGUGUUUCCGGGAAGGGUUAAGAACACCCUCAGACCAUCCCUUCCUCUUCCUCUUCAUCCUAACCCUCCCCCUUUAAUGUUUUGUGAAAAUAAAAUAAAAUCUGUCAGUACUUUC